GAACUCAGAAGCUUGAAAGUGUUGUGCUUAGUAAAAUGAACUUUGAAUCGUUUGUGAGAGAUCUGCUUCUGGUUCGUCAUUACAGAGUUGAAGUUUACAAGAACAAAGCAGGGAGUAAAUCUAUCAAAGAAAAUGACUGGUAUUUAGCAUACAAGGGUUCUCCAGGAAAUCUUGCCCAGUUUGAGGAAGUUCUCUUUGCCAACAAUGAUAUGUCAACGGCCAUUGGGGUUGUGGGGGUUAAGCUGUCUACUACUGAUGGACAAAGAGUAGUAGGAGUGGGGUAUGUCGACACUACGCUGAGAAAAUUGAGUGUCUGUGAGUUUCCAGAUAAUGAUCAGUUCUCAAACCUUGAAGCUCUACUGGUUCAACUAGGACCGAAGGAGUGUGUGCUACCAGGAGGAGAGACUGCAGGAGAGAUGGGAAAACUACGACAAGUCAUUCAGAGGGGAGGAAUCCUGAUUACAGACAGGAAGAAGGCGGAUUUCACAACGAAAGAUAUUGUUCAGGAUCUUAAUCGCUUGUUAAAAUCAAAAAAAGAAGAACAAAUGAAUAGUGCAGCAUUGCCAGAGAUGGAAAAGCAGGUUGCUGUUUCGUCUUUGUCAGCCAUUAUCAAGUUUCUAGAGUUGCUGUCAGAUGAAUCUAAUUUUGGACAAUUUGAACUGACUACUUUUGAUCUUAGUCAAUAUAUGGUUCUAGAUAAUGCAGCUGUUCAAGCCCUCAACCUUUUUCAGAGUUCUGUGGAAAAUGCUAAUACUGCACAGUCUCUAGCUGGUUUACUAAAUAAAUGCAGAACCCCUCAAGGACAAAGACUAGUUAAUCAGUGGAUCAAACAACCACUUAUGGACAAGAAUAGAAUUGAAGAAAGGUUGAAUUUGGUUGAAGCUUUUGUGGUGGAUCCAGAACUACGUCAGUGCCUUCAAGAAGAUCUCUUACGUCGCUUCCCAGAUCUUAACCGACUGGCAAAGAAAUUUCAGAGACAAGCAGCAAACUUACAGGACUGUUACCGAAUGUAUCAGGCUAUUAAUCAACUGCCUAAUGUUGUACAAGCACUAGAAAAGCAUGAAGGAGCUCACCAGAUGUUGUUGUUGGCAGUGUUUAUAACACCUCUUAAUGAUAUCUACUCUGACUUCUCAAAGUUUCUGGAGAUGAUAGAAACAACAUUGGACAUGGAUAAGGUGGAGAAUCAUGAAUUUCUUGUCAAGGCUUCUUUUGAUCCUAAUUUGACAGAAUUAAGAGAGAAGAUGAAUGAACUGGAAGAAAAAAUGCAGUCCUUUUUAAAGAGCGCAGCCAAAGAACUAGGUUUGGAAGCUGGGAAAAGUAUCAAACUGGAGACAAAUUCGCAGUUUGGACAUCACUUCCGAAUAACUUGCAAGGAGGAAAAAGUUCUCCGUAACAAUUCAAGAUAUGGAAUAGUUGAUACACAGAAGAAUGGUGUGAAAUUUACUAACAGCAAACUGAGCUCCGUCAAUGACGAAUAUAUAAAGAACAGAGAAGAGUAUGAAGAGGCUCAGGAUGCGAUUGUUAAGGAAAUCAUUAACAUUGCUUCAGGUUAUGCAGAACCGAUACAGACGAUGAAUGAUGUGAUAGCUCAAUUAGAUGCAAUUGUCAGUUUUGCUCAUGUGUCAAACGGAGCACCAGUGCCGUAUGUCCGUCCUGUCAUUCUGGAAAAGGGACAAGGAAGGAUUGUGCUGAAAGGUGCCAGGCAUCCUUGCAUCGAAGUGCAAGAUGAGGUGGCCUUCAUCCCCAAUGACAUUACAUUUGAGAAGGGCAAGCAGAUGUUCCACAUUAUUACUGGCCCUAACAUGGGGGGAAAAUCAACCUACAUCCGACAGACAGGGGUGAUUGUUCUUAUGGCCCAAAUUGGGUGUUUUGUACCAUGCGACUCUGCAGAAAUAACCAUUGUGGAUUGUAUCCUGGCUCGGGUGGGAGCUGGAGACAGUCAGCUGAAAGGUGUGUCUACUUUCAUGGCUGAAAUGUUAGAAACUGCUUCAAUCCUUAGGACAGCAUCUGAAAACUCCCUGAUAAUCAUUGAUGAGCUGGGAAGAGGAACUUCUACCUACGAUGGCUUUGGCUUAGCAUGGGCGAUUUCAGAAUACAUUGCUAGCAAAAUCUGUGCUUUCUGUAUGUUUGCUACACAUUUUCAUGAACUGACAGCUCUUGCUGAUCAAGUGCCAACAGUAAAUAACCUACAUGUUACCGCUCUGACCAGCGAUGACACACUGACGAUGCUUUAUCGUGUCAAGGAAGGUGUUUGUGACCAGAGUUUUGGAAUACAUGUAGCAGAGUUGGCGGCUUUCCCAAAACAUGUGAUAGAAAGUGCAAGAGAGAAAGCAUUGGAGCUGGAGGAGUUUCAAAACAUUGGCAAGUCCCAGGAAUCUGAAGGAGAACCACCAGCCAAGAAAUUGUACAGAGAAAGAGAGGAAGGUGAAAAGAUAAUUCAGGAUUUUCUUUGUCAAGUGAAAGCAUUGCCCCUGACAGAUAUGUCAGAAGAAGACAUCAAAAUCAAGCUGAAACAGCUGAGAAAUGAUGUGUUGGCAAAGAACAACAGUUUUGUGAAUGAAAUCAUUUCCCGAACGAAAGUUACAUCAUAAAAGGUGUCAGAACAGGAUACAGCUCUUGAAGUGUGUUUUACAUUGCAAGAAUUAUCAUUUUCUUGUCUUGUAGCUUUUAUACUUUAAGAUACUUGUACUGAUUUAUGUAGGCUUUUUUUUCUUGGAUUGUAAUUAUUUUGUAAAAGAUUCUGAGCACAUUCUGUGCCA